GAACGCGGGACUUGUCUUCCGGUUGUUGCCAGGUAGUUCGAGGAGUCGACCAACUUUUGCGGACCAGGUUGAUCGAUUAUGGAAAGCGUUCCGCGGCAGAAAGCUGACAUUUGCAAUAAUAGCUGCACAACCAAGAAGAGGGAAGACUACCUGGAAUGGCCCGAGUACUUCAUGGCCGUGGCCUUUUUGUCAGCUCAGAGGAGCAAAGACCCGAGCUCACAAGUGGGGGCCUGUAUCGUGAACCAGGAAAAUAAGAUUGUUGGCAUCGGCUACAACGGAAUGCCUAAUGGUUGCGAUGAUGACCAGUUACCCUGGGCUCGGUCAGCAGAUGAUCGUUUGGACACGAAAUAUCCCUACGUGUGCCACGCGGAGCUAAAUGCCAUCAUGAACAAGAACAGCGCUGAUGUGAAGGGCUGCACCAUGUAUGUCGCUCUGUUCCCCUGUAACGAGUGCGCGAAACUCAUCAUCCAAGCAGGAAUUAAGGUGGUUGUCUAUCUUUCUGAUAAAUACCAUGACACACCAGAGAUGACUGCCUCAAGGAGACUACUCAACAUGGCAGGAGUACAGUUCCAGCAAUUCAAGCCAAAAAGGACUGAGAUUACCAUUGAUUUUAAUUCCAUAAACCGACCAACAGCGCUGGACAGCCCGACAAAGUGACCAUGAAAAUUUCUGAUUUGGGCCAGCCAAAAAUAUGGAACAUCAGAGAGACUGUGUGGCAUUUUUUUUUAAAUGUUUUCAGCCUGUAUCUCUGUUUUGUUUGAUAAAAUAGAAAUGACUUGCUUUUGUAUACUGGUUAACCUGAAGAAAUAUAGAUGAUAUUGAAAAUGAAAUGAACAGGCAUCAACCUACAAGUCAACAGGUUUUACAUCUUUUUUAAUGUAUGGUAUUUAUCUUUCUUUUAAUCCAAAGAAGUUUACGGACAAAGGCAAAGAAGAAGUAUUGUUUAGUCCCUGACUUUUCAGUUUUUGUCACAGUAGUUGACAUUAAAGUGUCACGUUUUACAACCAG